CUUGUGUUAGGAUUGUUGCUUGGUGCAAAUGGAACGAAAAUCAAGAAACGCACUUUGAUUUUUCAUUGGAUUCCGUCAGCCUUCUACGUGAGACUGUAUUGGUGCAGCGAGAAAAAAAAACUGCAAACAGCGGCAGGCCAAGAUUGGGAUUAUUUUUUUUCUUCGCUUUUGGGAAAACCCCAACAAGUGCAGAUAACACUGCUGGUGUAUUUGUGCUUAAUCUGUAAUAUUUGAAUCUGAAGUUGGUUCUGAAUUGGAUUAUAAAUCGCUGCAGAAAAACCGCAUCCGUCAGAGUUUGCUAAAAAUGUUACAAAAGCAGUGAAUCGAAGAAACGGAUGUCGAGUGAAAAAGUGAUUUCGAUAAACCUGAACCGCUAAUGCCAAUCCGGCGAAAAAUCGCAACCCACGUAAAGCAGAGAUUAAAAUAGAAGCGACCAGUAGCCUAAAUCAAAGCCGCCAAUGCCGCCACCACCGGUGCUGCGGAAGUAAAAUAGAAAGUAAUCGUUUGCUCCGUACGCGAGCGCGGUUGUGUGUGUGAGUGCGUUAGUGUGCGCAAACGGUAAAACGAAGGAAGAAAACAAAGCCCCCAAAAGUUCGAAAAGUUUUUUUUUUUUGCAAGUAAUAAGCAGCGCGUUGCUCUCGAUUGACCGACCAUGCUUCCAACAUACCAGCGAAUAAGCGGAAGCCAACCAUCGAACCCACUGCUGUCGGUGCGGCGCUCCUUCCGGUCCAGUGAAAAGUGCCUCAUUCUGCUGGUGCUGUUAACGUUCGGUUUCGUAUGCUUUGGUGGAUUCUUCUUCCUGCCAGAUAAUUUCGGGGCCGACCGUCUUCUGAAGGUGUACAAACAGUUACAGCGAGCCGGACCGGAAAUAUUUAUUCCUCCUCCACCACCGGCCAACGGUCUGUUGGAUGGGGAUGAAGACCCGCACAAACUGAACGAUCGUGAAAAACUCCAGGAGAAAAUCCAGAAGGAAUUGCCGGCCGAUUUUCUGGAAAAACCAGACCUGGAUAUUGGGCGAUCGGAAGGACCAGAAUUUGAUAACGCACUUGAUUCGGGAGUCCUAGCACCGGUCGUAAUGGGACCGAUGGCCGGAGGCCCAGCCGGUGUAGUCGCCCCGCCCCAGAUUAUCGACGAGCCAGAUAUCAAGGCCGCUUCGAAAGGGUCUUCCCCUGGUAGUGUCGUAUCGAACACUUUUAAUUCAAACGUAGGCGAAGAUCCGGACCCAGCAGUUCGUGAGAAACGAAACAAGGUUAAAGAGAUGAUGAUCCACGCCUGGGACAACUAUAAACUGUACGCCUGGGGUAAGAACGAACUGAAACCGCUUACCAAACGGGGCCACUCGGGUAGCAUCUUUGGGGCGUUCGAUCUUGGCGCUACCAUAGUGGACGGUCUAGAUACACUGUACCUAAUGGGACUGCACAAGGAGUUUGACGAAGGUCGCGACUGGGUCGAACGAAAGUUUACCCUGGAAGGAGUCGGAAUGGAUUUGUCGGUGUUUGAAACCAACAUUCGAUUCAUUGGAGGCUUCUUGACGUGCUAUGCAUUUACCGGCGAUCGUCUCUUUCUGGAUAAGGCCAAAUACGUGGCCGAUAAGCUGCUGCCUGCGUUCCAGACACCAACCGGGAUUCCGUACGCGCUCGUCAACGUCAACAACGGGCCUAAGACUUUACUCGAGCGGGUCGUCAGUCAUAUAGAAAUAUUUUUUGUCAAUCUGUUCUACAAGAUCAGCAAGAACUACGGCUGGGCCAGUGGCGGCAGCAGUAUCCUGUCCGAGUUUGGUACGUUGCACCUGGAGUUUUCCUACCUGAGCGAUGUAACCGGGGACUCCGUGUACCGGGAGCGGGUGCAAACGAUUCGCUCGGUGUUGAAGGAUAUCGAAAAACCGAAAGGCCUCUAUCCGAAUUAUCUGAACCCGAAGACGGGCAAAUGGGGCCAGCAGCACAUGUCACUCGGUGCUCUCGGCGAUAGCUUCUACGAGUACCUGCUGAAGGCGUGGAUUCAGUCCGGCCACGAGGACGAGGAAGCUCGUGAGAUGUUCGAUGACGCGAUGCAAGCCAUCAUUCAGCACAUGAUUCGUACCAGUGCUGGAGGAUUGACGUACGUGUCUGAUCUUAAGUUCGAGCGGUUAGAUCACAAGAUGGACCAUUUAGCUUGCUUUGCCGGUGGUCUCUUCGGACUCGGUGGAACGACGCUGAAUAAUCAAUACUCCGAAAAAUAUAUGGAAAUCGGGGAGGGAAUAACCAACACUUGCCACGAGAGCUACGUGCGAACGUACACCCGACUAGGCCCGGAAGCGUUCCGCUUUAACGACGGUGUCGAAGCGAAGGCCCUCAAGAGUGGAGAAAAGUAUUACAUUUUACGACCGGAAACGUUUGAAAGUUACUUUAUCAUGUGGAGACUGACACACGAUCAGAAGUAUCGUGACUGGGGAUGGGAUGCCGUGCAGGCUCUUGAAAAACAUAGUCGGACACCAAAUGGCUUUAGCGGUUUGAAGAAUGUUUACCUAACGGAUCCUCAAAAGGACGAUGUUCAGCAAAGUUUCUUCCUGGCUGAAACACUCAAAUAUCUGUAUCUGUUGUUCUCGGACGAUUCUCUCCUGCCGCUGGACGACUGGGUUUUCAAUACCGAAGCCCACCCGCUACCCGUUAAGGGUAGAAAUCCGUUGUUUCGAGCGGCAGCGACUUCCAGCGGACCUUAAAUCGGUUACUAUUGGUACACUCCACUCAUUGCAAUCGAACUAUACUACGACGUAGAGUAAUGCUAACGGGAGUUAUUCUUUUGCCUUAGUUGGAAAGCGCGAAACGGGUGCGGCAGCGACUGCGUGGGUGACUGUUACUGUGAGUAUGAAUUCGUUGUUCUGUUUCUGUGUUCGUAUCUGUAGGUAUUCGUGACCUACGUCUUCCUCGAUUAUUCGGAGGGAGCGAUUCCUUAUGCUGUGUAGCGAAAGAUGAGAACUAGCCAGUUUGACUGUUUCCGUGCGUGGCGCUCGCGUGCGACUUCAGACAACCGCAGCAAGAGUCAUUUGUGAAAGUAUCCUUUUCGGAAAGGAUAGCGCGAGUGCGUAUCGAUUUAUUUUUUCGAAUGAUUGUAGUUAAUUAUAUAGGAAAGAUAUAUAUACUAAAUAAUUGUGAUGAAACCCACUAAUUUAUCGGAUAGAAAGAUUGUUCUGUAUAGAAUAUAAUUGAUAUUAUAGAUGGAGUAACUGAAGAGCAGAGGAAUGUAGAGGAAAAACCUGGUACGAAAGAGACGACCUGUUUUAGAUUUAUAGAACUUGUUUCCAACUCUUCCAAAUUUUCUUAGUGGUAGACAAAACACGAUUUAUCACCUCACAUCAUCUAACAGCACACCCAGACUUUUAAUUAGAUAACCCACCUACGAUAUACAGAAACGUGUCUAUAUUCGAAACUAUGACAGAAAGAAGCCCGGCAUUGUAUUUGCGAAAAUCUAAACUGCUGUUUAUUGUUAUUUAGAGUAGUCUCUCGGCCUAUAAAUUAUACCUUACCUGUGUAGAAACUUAUUCUUAACGAUUCCGCAUUCAUUAAAUGAAUGCUUCAAUGCAGCUCAUUUGUACACAACCAAAAUGAUUGAAUUUAACAGUACUUGUUUCUAUUCUUAAUAACAAUGGACAAACCAGUUCGCAAUAGCAAGACCGGUCAACUAAUUGCAAUUUAUUCCGAAACAGUGCCAAAUUUAGUGAAGCGCAUAUUGCUUUAUUUUUCUCGUUCCUUCUACGUAUCUUCUAAUUGAUUAUGUUCUCUAUUCAAAUGAACUGAAAUCUGUGAAACUUAAUUUUCUAAUUUUUCUUACUAAAUCUUGAGUUUUGAGGGGAUCUCCUUUUCUUGGGCCUUCUGUAAAACCUAUCUAUAUUAAGUAGCGAUGACUUCUUGCGAACCGCGGAGCCUUCUUUCCAAACCUUGAAUCUGUAAAUAUUCUGUUAUAAUUUAUUGUAGCAAAACAAGUAAAAAAAAAAGAAAAUCAGUCAACUUUGGGUACUGCUACAAAUCGAUAUCGUUAUAUUAACAACACAAAACUUUGAAAGGUAGAAAACUUUGCCGCAGUACGGCAAUAAGGUGAAACCUUACUAAGUUUAUAAAACUGGUGCAUCACGAGAGUAACCUUUAAACAAAACUACCCAUUGCAGUGUUAUAGACGUUGAUAAAACACGUAGAACAGAACAGCCAGUUAUCACCGUUUCUUUUUAAACACGAAAUAAUAUAAUAAAGCAAGAAAACAGCAACCGAAAGCCACAGACAGUUAUUCAAUGUAUUACCUACUACCAGAUGCUGACAGUUCUGAAAUGUUGAUAUAUAUUCUAGUUAGCACCAGAUUCUGCGGGUAAUAAAUAGUUUAGAAAAAUGUAAACAAAUACUAAGGUUCAACUACUACUACCUACCACUUUUUUCAGUAAUAUUGCACUCUUUUAGUAGCGGUAAUAGAUCAAUGAGUAAAAAUAAUAGUAUUUAAAAAACAACACUCAAAUCCACACCAGAACUUAAUGAUUGCAGCGCAUUUUAACUCAACUGUGAGAAGACAAAAAAAAAAUACAAAGAGCACUAUACUAAUGAGCGCAGGUAGAAUGUAGAAAAUAGAAACUUUAAAAUAGUUGCGUGUGAGAGCAAAAGUUUGGGAACGGCAAAGUUGUUCCCUAGUGAACGUGAUGCGUGUAAUAAAAUGUCAUUUUUUAAA